AUAAGUGCUUGGGGUUUUCUGUGUGUGUGUGUGUGUGAGCCACAGCACAGACCUUGACAAAACCCAAGAUUAAAAACAUCACUGCUUACAGCUUGCAUCACUAAAGGGGCAUUUUUACGAUUUUUAAGCUGAUAAAGGUGUGACCGGUCUGGGACGCUGAUGGAGCGCAACUCCUUGGAUUUAUUUUCUGGUGAAGACAAUGAGCUGGAUUUUGUUAAAGUUGCUGGUAAGAGUUUUGGUGUUGAUGAAGGAGCUGACGGUUUAAAACAGCAAUAUCUGCCAGGUGAAUAUGAGAAAUCUAUCUGCCAAGAGAGAAAAGAUGAGAUGAGGAUCGACAGUAAGCUUGAGAGUGACUAUGAAUUUGCAAAGUCAACCAACAUCAGCCAACUAAACCAUGACUUCCAGAAGAUUUUGGAAGUGAGGCAGAGGAGGAAAGUGAGGAAGAUCUCUGAGCACAAUCGGCAACAGCCAGCACCUGAGAAAGUGUCUGAUUUUGUUGACAAAGAUGACUUUCUGAAAGCAGUAUUGGAGAACAAAUUACCGAUGGUUGAAAGUUAUCUUGCCAGGCGUGCAGACCCAAACACAUGCGAUAGUUUCAACUGCACAGCUCUCCACAGAGCGUGCUCUCAGGGGAAUGUAGAGAUUGUGAGGAGACUGUUGGAAGCUGGGGCUUUAAUUGAAAACAAGGAUAAGCUUGAUGCCACUGCUGUUCACUGGGCCUGCCGUGGAGGAAGCCUACCAGUUCUUCAGCUUCUACUCGACCACAAUGGCAACAUCCAUGCCAAAGACAAGCUCCAGAGUACUCCUCUUCACGUGGCAGUUAGGACAGGUCAUUAUGAAUGUGCUGAACAUCUCGUUCACUGUGGUGCUGACGUCAACGCAAAAGACAGAGAGGGAGAUACACCAAUGCAUGACGCUGUACGGCUGAACAGAUUCAGAUUUAUCCAGCUCCUCCUGUUGCAUGGAGCCAAUCUAAAAUUAAAGAACUAUGAGGGUAAAUCACCCAUGGACAGUGUUUUGCAGUGGCAGAAUGGAGCGAAGUCUAUUCUAGACAACUAUAAGCACAGUAAAAACUCACAAGACAAGUAAACUGGAGAUAAACUGGAGAUAAGCUGGACUGCAGCUCUACAGGUUGCAACAGCGUUGGAAGAGAAUACGUGAAGAUAUAUUUUAAGAGGGAAUUGGAAAGUACGGUGAAAUAUCAUUAAUCGACUAAAUUUGAAAUAUAAAAUAUUUUUUGGAAUAGU